CCAGCUCCAUUUCGUUUGGGUGGAUGUGUGAAAACCGUGCUGAAAACCAAGUCCAAAAAUCGCGGCACAGAUCCAUCGAAACACAAACCUUCACCUCUUUACACACAUUCGUCGUUUAGUUCUUCAGUAGCCAGCUAGCCAUCCGAGUGCAUUUCGAUUCGAUUCGUCGGGCGUUCGUGUGUUUUUCCUUUGCCAUCGGAAAAAUAGCAGCAACAGUGAAAGUUUUUUUCUUGUUUGUCGAUGUCGAAGACGGAUAAUUUGUUCGGAUUUGUUGCGUAAAACUUCGGUUAUCCGCAGUAGUUAGUUUGUCUUCCGGAAAAUCUUCCCCCGGGGACGGUGAGCAAGCUCGGGAAUUUGUUCCCCAUCAGAAAAGCGGAAUUGAUUUGCUUGAUAGCAAGUGCCGUUUCUUUAUUUGCGUUCGUCAUCGCGCAAUUAGCUCCAGAGCUCUGUGAACUGACGAAGACCCGUCGAAGUUGGUGUUUUGUUACCUCUGCGCUCUGUGUGCUGUUACAUAUCCACAUGAGUUGAGCGUAUUUUUUCCUCUUUAUUUUGUUAUAUUACCUGCUGCGCCCCUAUAGAGAAGAAUCAAACGGCACAGGGAAGGAGGCAAGCCACAUAGUAGUAUACCACUUCCAGCUGCUUCGGAAACCAGUUGUCUGGUGUAUUGAAAGAGAAUUUAUUAGAUAACGUAAUAGAUCAUCCCACUACAUUAGUUUACAAGUAUGAUCUAAUAAAGUAAGGAUUGUUGAGAGCCUGCGCUGCUGGUCGUAAACAGUGGAAUUCCAUAAAACACAUUCGGGACAGUCCAGGGAACCCGUUAAGCUGAGCACCAUGAGCUGCAAAAUCGACUUCAGCGAGUGCCUGAAGGAUUCCCCCAAGUUCAGAUUGCGUCUCGAACAAGAAGAAAAUGACAUCGACCACCUGGAGCAGAAGCUGGACAAAAUCAUCAAAAGUUGCAGCCUGGCCGUGGACAGUGGCAAGGAGUACAUUCGCAAUCAGAGCGCGUUCGCCACCUCCCUAUGGGAUCUGCAAAAGCACUUCCAGGACGACAAAUCGUCGACCAAUGCGCUUGCGAAGCUGAUCCACUGCCUGCAGGAAAUGAACAAGUUUCACACAACCCUGCUGGAUCAGGCCAAUCGGACGGUGCUGAAAAAUCUUACCAGUUUUCUCAAGAAGGACGUUAAGGAGGUCAAAGACUAUAAGCAAAUUUUUACCAAGGUUUCGGAAAAUCUGGACGUAGCUGUUUACAAAAAUUCUCAGGUUAGCAAAAAUCGACCAGCGGACAUUGUGGAGGCAGAAAAUGUGCUUUCCGCGACUCGUUCCGGUUAUAAUCACGCAGCCCUAGAUUAUGUCAACUAUAUUACGAUGCUGCAGAAUAGGAAAAGGCACGAAAUACUUUACACUCUGUUGAACUACAUCAGAGCCUGUAGCACCUAUUUUCAUCAGGGGUCAGACCUCUGUGAGGAUUUUACCUCAUUUUUCAAAACGUUGGACGAGGACAUUGAUCGGAUGCGAGGCGAGUACAAUCUGUUGGACAAGCAGAUGCAAAACCGACACACCUGUGUCAAAGAACUGCUGGACCAGGCGGAGAAAUCACUGACCACAGCGAACGAAACUCAAGGCUCCUCCUCCUCCGGUGGUGGCGAUGGUGCAGAUCCUCGUGCCUCGCAAUACUCCGGCCGACUAUUGCAGACCCACAUGGAAGGCUACCUGUUCAAGCGGACAUCGAAUGCGUUCAAAACCUGGAACCGGCGGUGGUUUUGCAUGCGGGACAAUCAACUGUUCUACCGAAAGCGUACCGGUGAAGAGCUUCCCACUGUGAUGGAGGAGGAUCUACGCCUGUGCACGGUCCGAUUGCUAUCGGAUUCCGAUCGUCGCUUCUGCUUCGAAGUCAUCUCACCCACCAAAUCCCACAUCCUUCAGGCCGAUUCGGAGGCUAUGUUGAAUGCGUGGAUCAAGGCGCUGCACAAGGGUAUCGAUUCGGCCAUUCAGAACCACAGCCCGUACAGUAACGAUAUGCGUGGCAUUCAAACGCAAUCGCCAACCAACGAGGAUGGGCCGAGCAGUUUGGUUACGGGAGCUGGUGGUGGCUUAAGGCCGGGAGAUCACAAGAAAGGAGUGAAGAAAAUCAACUGGACCCAAAUCUUGCGCAUUCCGGGCAACGCUCGGUGCUGCGACUGCGGCAACUCGGACCCGAAGUGGGCCUCGAUCAAUCUGGGCAUUACGCUGUGCAUCGCCUGUUCCGGCGUCCAUCGUAGUUUGGGCGUUCACUACAGCAAAGUUCGGUCGCUCACGUUGGACGUGUGGGAGCCGGAAAUAUUGCGGGUCAUGAUCGAGCUGGGCAACGAUGUGAUCAAUCGAGUUUAUGAAGCGAAUACGGCCAAGGUGAAUCGAUUCGAUCGGGCGACGGAUAAUUGUGAGAUAUCGGUGCGGGAGGCUUGGAUUAGGGCCAAAUAUAUCGAGAGACGGUUUGUGCUUCCGUUGGACAGUAGCGGAGGCUUGGAUCCGACUCCGACCAGUACCAGCUCUUCGACGUUAUCGUUUAAGAGCUUGGACAAUGAUAGCAGCAAGUAUCCGGAAAAGUGGAGUAUAAAGAAGUUGAGACGUCGGAGCUAUAGAAAGUUGUUGAGGAAGAGAAAUGUGGAUGAAGAGGGAGCCGAAGGUCCUUCGGGAGAUGGUGUUGUCGAUACGGAUCCAGACGCGGACGAAAAGGAUGUGAACCUGAAUAUUCCAAAGAAGUUUAACGAUAUUCUGCUGAUUGGGGAGAAUAUAAUCGAGAACAAUCAUAACUUGAUGGAUGAAAAUUUGCUGCUACUGAAUUCGGAUCAGGAGUCUACGAGUGGGGAGGAAGAUAAUGGGAUCAUGGAGUGUGAGGAGUUUGAGAAGCUGAAUCCAAAUUUUCUGCUGUAUAAAGCUGCCAGUGGUCACAAUUUGCCGGUGAUGUGUCAGGCGAUGGCACUGGGAGCUGACAAGAAUUGGCGUAACGAGGAAGAACUGGAUAGAUCUGCGUUGCAUGCAGCAGUUAUGUCUGGGUCGGUAAUGUCUUGCGAGUUUUUGCUGCUAAACGGAUGCAAUAUCAAUUCGGUUGAUCGGAAUGGUUAUACGGCGCUCCAUUUGGCCGCAGUUCAUGGAUCAACGGCACAGGCUUAUCUGCUGUUGAAACACAAGGCCAGAUACGAUAUUAAGGGAGUGGAUGGAAAGGUACCGGUAGACAUCGCUAUGGAGAGGACCGAUGCCGAUAUCGUGACCCUGCUGAGGUUAGCACAGCUGAACGAUGAAAUAGGUCCCGGUGAGGAUGGGGAGAAUUAUUCCGGAGGAGAUUCCACUUAUGCGGCUGUGAUGAACGACUUUUCCCACCUGACUUCCAUUCAACCCCAGCGGUUGCAGCGAAACAAGAAUUCUGCGACGACGGGGGCCGGAGCUUCCACCGAUGUUAGUUUAGGAUCGCUAGCGGCCCUUCCGUCCGAUGCGUCCAGUGCUUCCGGCGAUGCCGUGCCGGUUACGGAUCUAGACGAAAGAGGAAGCGCCGAUGGUAAGUGAAUAGUGGGGAUGAAUGUUGAAGAAGAACUUUUUAGUGGUUGGAAUAUUUUACACCGAUGAGCGAUGUCUUAGGAAACGAAAGUGCUUUAUAUAUUGUGACGUUUUGUGUGUUGUUGGCAUGAGACGACCAUUGUGAAUCCGGGUGUCGAUUGUGGGACCAAUGAAACGUUGGCUUGUUUAGUAUUUAUUUAGUUAUCUCGUGAGGAAGUCUUAUUUGUUUUAUUUUCUAUUUAAUAAAUUUAUGAGCAAUCGCUCCUCUUUAAUUUUUUUUUAUCAAUAAACGUACUGCAAUGUUAUUGAACAAAAAAAAAGGUUGUAAAAAAAUUAAGCAUGACAUCUUGAUUUAAAAAAGAGUAAACCAAUCUUCUUCUCUAUUGUUUUAAUGCGAUUCGUUAGAAAAUGUCCACAGGCCUCAAGUCGACACCACUUGGAUUGUACUUAUAGAACAUAAGAUAAAAUCAAAUUACGUGAUAUAAAACAUUUUAGUUAGACACCACAAUGAACGAAAAGUGUUUACCAAUGAAAAAAAAUGGUAUGACAAAUCCAUGUUUUCUUAAAAAACGCGAUUCACAUUCACAAACGCAAAAUCACAUCGAGAAGUAUUGCUCCCAUGUAUGGACAGGCGGCCGUUGUUGCAUUUUAAAGCAAAAACUUAUUUUCAGCUGCAGCUUGUGCACAAUCAUUCCAUUUUUCACGCCGACCAGUUUAUUAAUACCUAACGUUAAAGUUCUUAGCCUAGCGUUUUUAGUAUUUGACAAUACCUAUUAUAACUAACAAGUACUAAAAAGAGUUAAAAAAUGAAAGCACUGUUUCAAACCACAUACUAUUGUUUUAAACAAAUUCCACGUAUUGAACGGAGUCAAAAUAGCUGCUUACAAAGCCGAUUUUAAUGUUGAAUCUCCUCUUCGAAGAAAUAAGGAAAACUGACAAAACAUAGAACUAGCUGCUUAAACUGCAGAUCCAUAUUGUUAAGUGACAGUUGAUUGUAGCGUAUAUAGGUUUAUCGAUCGUUUCUUCCUCUUGUCUGUUCGUUCCUUGCUGUUGUAGUGAGUAAACUAAUUUAUUGUUAGACAGAAAAAAAUCUACUGAACCGAUAGCAUAGCAUUUCAAAGAUUAGGUACCUAAAAUGCAAAUUUGCCAAAAAUAAGAAAACUAUCAACAAUCAAUUAUUAGACAGAACCAAAUCAUUAUUAGAAUUGUACCGACCGAACAAACUUGUUCCUCCCUGUAUACUGAAACGAUGAGAAACGUCUCUAGCAAACGGUUUUUAUCGAAGAACACAUAGAAACAAAACCUGACUUGAACUAGAAUCUGGAAGUUACAAACCUUUUUAUUUUAGUGGCAAUUCAUGCUAUAAGUCGGUUUCGCGUUCAAGUUGGUGGUUUUGAAGUCAAGCGAGCUGGUUAUAAUUAUUUUAACAACUCAUAGUCACCAUGCAUCGCCCUUUGACAAUAUCAAAAAUACUACAUUCUUCAUCAAGUAAAAUCCACCCACCCGCCUAGUAAAAUCUAGUAGAAAUCAAAGAACAAAUCCAUGCGCGCAUCAAAGUUUCUCUUGUGGAACGAACAAUAUCCUACCCACAUCAUCCCAGCUACCUACCAGAGAAACUCUAUCAAUAUUAUACAUAAAAUACAUCCACUAUUAUUAUAUACACGAUUACAAUAUUACCUAUAUUGAGAACAGUUAUAUUAUAAAGAUGAAUAAAUACUGCUGUUUUCGGUUUCAAAA